GAAAUACACUUCCUAGUUACUUUGUCACUUGGCUUCCUUUAACUGUCAGCUGUGCCUUCUACAACAACAGUAACUGCCCCGAAGAUAUUUGUGGUCUAGUCGCAGAGUCAAAUCCAUAGGGACACAGUUCCCCAGGAAGGAAGAAGUGAAGACAGCACUGUGCACUUCAGAUGUAAAGGAAAGACUUGUGAGAAUGGAGGAUUUCAGAAGGACGUACUUGCGUCUGUGUAAAGAAGGAGGUGUGGAGCCCCAGGAGAGUGUUGUGGUCCAGCUUCAGGAGAGCAGGGCUGCUCAGGGCUCCAGACUGGACCUGAGUGGACAGAGCCUGUCUGCAGAUACCUGCUCAGUGCUGGCCAGGGCCUUCCAAAAAGACACCAUCUUUACAGAAGUGUCACUCAGUGACUGCAUGCUCAGUGAGGAAGGUGCCAAAGUACUACUGACUGGACUGUUUGGCAACACAACUGUGAAAGUUCUGGAUCUGAAGGGAAAUAACCUGAGAUCAACAGGGGCUGAGGUGUUGGGAAAGUUGUUGGCUAGGAACAAGACUCUGCGUAGGCUCGUAUUGGAGUGGAAUGCGUUGGGGGUGUGGGACGAAGCCUUCUCUCUCUUUUGUGAGGGUUUGGCCUCCAACAGCGUGCUGACACACCUUGACCUGCGCAACAAUCAGAUCAACCACCACGGAGCGUCUGAGCUCGCUCUGGGACUCAAACGCAACGGCACCCUGGAACUGCUAGAUCUGAGGUGGAACAACAUUGGUCUGCUGGGUGGCAGGUCUCUCCUGGAGGCUCUGCAGAAGAACAAGAGCAUAGUGCAGCUGGAGAUGGCAGGGAACAACAUACCCAGUGACGUACUAAAAGCACUCGAGCAGACCACAGGGCACAACUCAGACAGACAGUCCACCCUGAGAGACAGCCACAGCAGGACCAAGGUCCUCAGCAAGGAGAUUCAGAUUCUGAAAGAGGAGAAGGGCCGGCAGUUCCUAAGCCUGAUGGAGACCAUUGACAGACAGAGGGAUGAGCUGGGACGCUCCAACAGGUCCACUUCCAUUCAGAUAGGUCAACUCCAGGAGGCUCUGAAUGAGAGGAAGUCAGCUGUCAACUCACUCACUGCCAAAUUGCAGAUGACAGAGGCUGCCCUCACCCUCUCUGAGCAGAAAAACCACAACAUGGGAGAGCUGCUGACACGAGUGAAGGCUGAGAAAGAAGAAGUGAGGGAACGGCAGAGCCGAGAGAGGAAAAAAGAGCAAGAGGACAGUGUGCUCAGGGAGGGCAAGCUCCUCCGAGAGACCCAAAACCUUACAGAGACCAACGUCCAACUCAGGAAUAAGGUGGAGGAGAUGGAGCGUAGGUGUAAGUCUCAGCAGCAGCAGAUCUUUGAGCUGAAGCAGGAACUGACCAACAGCACAGCUGAGUUCAAGCUGCGAUUAGCACAGGCAGAAGAUCGUCUGGAAAUGGAGAAGCGAAGAUCCAAGCAAGCCCUGGAGGACAUGGAUAAUCUGCGACAGAAAGAGGUGGAGCAUGUGAAUCGACAUCUAGAAGAGAGUGAGAGAGCCCUGCAGGAGCGCAUCUUUAAACUGGAGGGACAGCGAAUACAACUGGAAGAGGAACUUAGUAAAGCCAAGGCAGCAUGUGUGACAGAGAGAGCCCAGGCAGAGGAGGAACUGGGAAGAGUUCGUGCUCAAGUGCGUCUGGAAGAGCAGGAGCAUGUGUCAUCCUUGGAGGAGAAGCUUCGCUCAGUGCGCUCCUCCCUGCAGGAGGUGCAGCUCCACUGCUCCCAGCAGAAACAGACCAUCUCUGAGCUUCAAGCCAAGAACAGCCAGCAGAGCAUCGAGACGGACGGACUGCGCCGCAGGAUAGAGGAGCUUCAGCAGGAGCUGUCCGGUAAGGAGCAGGAGAAGGUGGCUGAGGUUAGCCGGGUGAGGGUGGAGCUGCAAGAGCAGAUCGGACACUUACAGGCAGAGAGAACGGCACAAGGAGGACUCAAAGAGAAGAUCAGUGCUCUGGAGAGAGAGAUGAAAGUACUGAGUAGUAACCACCGAGAGGCGCUCCUUGACAAAGAGAGUGAGAUGUCUUCUCUGCUGGAGAAGUUGCGGCUAAAAGAGGCAGAGAUCCAGAGAAUGAGGGAGGACGAGGCCCACAGAGCAAGCUACCUGCAGAGUGCUAUCCUCACCUAUGUUCAGGGCUCCCCUCUGGGACACUACAGCAGCCCCAAGAAAUGAUCCAGAGACCUCAACCUCUCAGCUGUAACCUCUGGACUCAAAGGUCAGGGGAGUCUGAAAACCUGCAGGGUAGAAAAAAUAUCAUGAUUUUGUGGACUUGAAACAUUUAGAAACAAAAUCAGGAGAAUUACAGUAAUAUGGGGGAGAUAAUUGGUGCAGGGAAAAAGGACUAUUAGCAGUAAUCACACCUAACACAGUACAGAUGCAGUCAAGAAAUGAAGGUUUUUAAAGUUUGGAAUUUUAAAAGUUUAAUUGUAUGGACCUUGUCUUUACUCCCAGUUACUGCUCCUCAUCAGGACUGGUUCAAUUUGAACUGUGGUCUGGUUUACUGCUGGGACUCUACAACCCACACACUAUCUAAAUACAAGCCUCACCACUGUUUUAGUCCCAACACAUGUACUUGACCAUUUACAGUAAGACAUAUAUUUUAACAAGGAUUGGAAACAUAUUUUCUAAUUGUUUUUUACCCAGUAAAGUUAGUCUGACUGACAACACCAAGGUCAAACUUUCUGCUUGACUGUGACAAGCUAUCUUGAAAAUGUAAAGGAUAAUGCCAGCGUAUUACAACUUAUGUUUUAUCUGAUCAUCCCCAUCAAAAUAAUAGCUGAGAUCUGGAAACAUGAUGACACCACUGCAACGAAAGUCCCAACAAACACGAGCAGUCAGACCAUCAGGCAGGUUGAAAACAUGCCAACAGUUGAUCCAUGUUAUCUAAACUACUCAAACUGAAAGUGAGUUCAGCUGAAAUGUCACUAAUAAUGCCUCAUUGAACAAGUAGGUCCAAGUUGCAGACUUGCAGAAAGUUUUUUCUGUGACCAAGUGACCAAACAAACCUGAAAAGUGUAAAAAAAAAGUGCACUGCUAAUGUUAGUUUGCAGUCUAGAAAGCUAAUUAGCUUGUCAGCUGCAGCACAUUGAACAGCUUAAAAAUGUACCUACAGAUGUCAAUCUCAGCAAUUAUCCAGCUGAGUGUGAUGUUAUUAUUACUAUUUUUAAUAAAUCUACUGCAGUUUGCAGGUUUUUUAGUUGGUCUGCCAGUCUGUCCAUCCAUCCAUUUACUCCUACAAUCUACUGGCCAGAUAUCCAUGACAUGUGCUGUGGAUAUUCAUGGUCCCCAGAGGAUGAAUACUAUACACCAGAUAUUUUAUGAUCUAAUAGGCAGAUUGUCAUGAGAUUUACUGAGCACAUUCAUUCUCCUGAGGGAAUGAAUGCUUUUGUAUGAAUGAACCCAUGACCUUUACACCACCACCACCACUGUCAGGACAAAAUGUACGUUUCUAGCCCAACUACUGUUGAACUUCUAUGAAUAGCUAAAUGAUCGAUAUGUUGGUGAUUCAGACCAACAUCUGGAUAUUAUGGGGUAUAAUGAACACUUCAGCCACAGGGCCUGAUAGGUGUGCAUUAGACUUUUACAUUUUUUUUACAUUUUUAACAAGUGACAAAGUUUUCUUGCUGGAUGAGAUUAUCACCAUCUGCAAAAACAUUGUCAGGGCACUUCAGCUCCUAAGAUUGUCCAAAGGUGCAAGAAGUGCUAAUAACAGCAGACAACCACUUUACUAUUGCAUCUUGAUUAUAGACUUAUAAAGACUUAUUUUAAAUAACAGUACAACAUUUUGGGAAAUACAUUUUCUUCCUUUCUUUCUGAACAUGAGAUGAGAAGAUAGAUAUCAAUCGCAUGUCUGAAGUCUUACAUACAAAGCUGGAGUCAGGAUGUGGUUACGCUGGUGUCAACAAAUAGUUCCGACACGCCCACUAAAGCCAUUAAAAGUCAUUUUUAUAUUUCUGUUUGUGUAUAGGUUAAACAAAUGAGAUACUACUUUAAAGGUAGGUGUAUUUGUGAACUUUGGACAGAGCCAAGCUAGUUGUUUCCCCCUGCCUACAGUCUUUAUGCUAAGCUAGGCUAACCACGUCUUGACUACAGCUUUGUACCUUACACAUAGACAUGAGAUUGAUAUCCAUCUGAACACCUCACACUCAGAAUGACAAUAAAUAAGCAUAUUUCCAAAAAUGUUGAACUAUACCUUUUAAGAAAGGAAUUUAGUGCUUAAUAUGAGACGAAACUACUGUUGAAAGGACAUUUUAUUUGCUAUGAUCACAGACCUGUCUUAAUGUUGUAUAUGUGCUUAGAUCAUUGCAAAAAAAUGUCCACUGGUAAUAGUUCAGCUCUAACAUUAACUGAGAUGAAGUGUGCUUAAAAAGAGUUGUCACUAACAUGCUGUCCAGUCCCGCUCUACUCAACUCAUUCUUCUUCUCCUCCUGAAUAAAUGAAUUAAAGGCAGAGUAGCAUUGUUAGCAUGUUUACAUACGAAAUGAGAUUUGGUCCAAAUUUGCCUUUAUACCGUAUCUGUCAAAUCACAAGUCUGCCCCUCUGCAGCUCAGAUACAAAAAGCAGUAAACUGAUUCACAAAUGUUCUCUGCUGUUUUUGCAAGUAAUAUUUUGCAAAUUAAACUCUGAAUGCAGUCUUUUAUAAUAUUUGUAUGAAAACAGCUGUUUAAUACCCUGAGAUUGUUUCAGAUAUGUGAUGGAUAUUUGUGAUUUUAUUUUUGCAGGUGUGUUUUUACCAUUUUGCCCUGUUUUUGAUGCAUUGUGUUUUGAUAUCAAUAAAAUGUGAUCAUUUCUGAA